GGAACAGGUGUGUAAGGACGCUGUUUUAUGACUUACCUGCCACAGGUGACUAUGGUAGAAGUUUAACAAACUAACUGACGAACCGAAGCGAAACAAGUCACAGUUGAUAAAAUGAAUAACCCAAUCCCGUCCAACAUGAAGUCCGAGGCGAAGAAAGCUGCCAAGAUCCUCAGAGAGUUUACUGAGAUCUCCAACCGCACUGGGCCUGACAAACUCAUCCCAGCCAAUAUAUUAGCCAAAUGUCAGGGCCUGGCCAUCAUCACAGUGAUCAAGGCAGGCUUCAUGAUCACAGCUCGAGGCGGCAGCGGUAUAGUCAUCGCUCGACUGGCUGACGGACGUUGGUCUGCUCCCUCUGCCAUUGGUAUAGCUGGUCUGGGCGGUGGCUUUGAGAUUGGAGUUGAGGUAUCAGACCUGGUGGUGAUUCUGAUGCAGCGCAGGGCAGUGGAUUCUUUCUCUAAAGGAGGGAACCUCACUCUAGGGGGCAACUGUACUGUGGCGGUAGGACCGAUGGGGAGGAACGUGGAGGCUGAUGUAGCCCUACGUAGUACCGCAGCAGUGUUUACUUACUGUAAGUCCAGAGGGCUGUUUGCUGGAGUCUCUCUGGAGGGAUCCUGCCUCAUAGAACGCAAAGACACCAACCGCAAGUUCUACUCCCAGGACAUCCGUGCGUCGGCCAUAUUGAAUGGAGAUGUAGAACCUCCCCCAGAAGCUGAUGACCUGUACUGUGUCCUGGAGAGCUACACAGAUAAAUACACUACUGAGUGGACAGCCAAACACCUAGCGCAGAAGCUAGACCCCUGGUUGGGGAUGCUCCUUGGUGUGUACCCUGCUAGAGGGGAUGUGUAUGCAGUGAAGCCCUCCCUCUAUCCAAGCGUCUCUGCUUUCAAAUCUGGUAGCACAGAAUCCUAUAAGAGAAGUCCAAGUAGCACAAGGACAGUCCAAAGCGAUUAUGGCGGGGUCGGGCCGUGGGACGCGGGGCCUGUCGUCGUGACGGCGGUACACCCGUUCACAGGGCAACAGCCUGGCGACCUGAGCUUCAACCCUGGCGACCGCAUCACUGUGGUUACCAAGACAGAGUCGCAGUAUGACUGGUGGGAGGGAACGCUGAACGGACGGACCGGAAUCUUCCCCGCUAACUUCGUCUCCUACCCCUGAACGAACACACACACACGGACACACACAGACACACACACACACACGGACACACACACACACACACGGACACACACACGGACACGGACACACACACGGACACACACACACGGACACGGACACGGACACACACACACACGGACACACACACACGGACACACACACACGGACACACACACACGGACACACACACACACACACACACGGACACACACACACACACACGGACACGGACACACACACACACGGACACACACACACGGACACACACACACCGACACACACACACACGUACACACACACACACGUACACACGGACACAUGGACACUUAUAUUGUUGGGAGUAAUGUUUUCAACACACUACAUGGACACAUGAUGUCCCACACUCCCAAACACGAACAUUCUCCACAAUGUUCAAGACUCACCAACUGACUCUGUUUACUGCAGUUCAGGGGAAGGUCUUCCUAUAGGACGGUAUGUGUAGCCACGCUGUCUUCCUAUAGGACGGUAUGGGUAGUCACGCUGUCUUCCUAUAGGACGGUAUGUGUAGCCACGCUGUCUUCCUAUAGGA